CAGUUUCCGCGCGCCUCUCUGGCAGCUGGUCACAUGGUGAGGGUGGGGGUGAGGGGGCCUCUCUAGCCUGCGGCCUGUGUCUAUGGUCCGGCCCGUAGAGUCCAGCUGCCCGGGGCCGAGCUCGGGUGUAUGGCGCCGCUGGAACCAGCUCCGGGGCCCCUAUAACGGGCUGCCCCCUCAGCUCUUGGCCUGGCGUGAGGGUCUCCCCUGAUCUGAGAAUGGCUACCUCUCGAUAUGAGCCAGUGGCUGAAAUUGGUGUGGGUGCCUAUGGGACCGUGUACAAGGCCCGUGAUCCCCACAGUGGCCACUUUGUGGCCCUCAAGAGUGUGAGAGUCCCCAAUGCAGGAGGAGCUGGAGGAGGCCUACCCAUCAGCACAGUACGUGAGGUGGCAUUACUAAGGCGGCUGGAGGCGUUCGAGCAUCCCAAUGUUGUCCGGCUGAUGGAUGUCUGUGCCACUUCCCGAACUGACCGGGAGAUCAAGGUGACUCUAGUGUUUGAGCAUGUAGACCAAGACCUAAGGACAUAUCUGGACAAGGCACCUCCACCAGGCUUGCCAGUUGAAACCAUCAAGGAUCUGAUGCGCCAGUUUCUAAGAGGCCUAGAUUUUCUUCAUGCCAACUGCAUCGUUCACCGAGACCUGAAACCAGAGAACAUUCUGGUGACAAGUGGUGGGACAGUCAAGCUGGCUGACUUUGGCUUAGCCAGAAUCUACAGCUACCAGAUGGCCCUUACACCAGUGGUGGUUACUCUCUGGUACCGGGCUCCUGAAGUUCUUCUGCAGUCUACAUAUGCAACACCUGUGGACAUGUGGAGCGUCGGCUGUAUCUUUGCAGAGAUGUUUCGUCGAAAGCCUCUCUUCUGUGGAAACUCUGAAGCUGACCAGCUGGGCAAAAUCUUUGAGUUGAUUGGGCUGCCUCCAGAGGAUGACUGGCCACGAGAUGUAUCUUUACCCCGAGGAGCCUUUUCCCCCAGAGGGCCUCGCCCAGUGCAGUCAGUGGUACCGGAGAUGGAGGAGUCUGGAGCACAGCUGCUGCUGGAAAUGCUGACAUUUAACCCACACAAGCGAAUCUCUGCCUUCCGAGCCCUGCAGCACUCUUACCUACAUAAGGAAGAAGGUGACCCAGAGUGAGCAGUGGAGUGGCUGCCACAGAAGGAAGAAAAG